UUAAAAAAGAGGGUUUGCCUGGAACAAGCUGCGUUUGUGAAGGCUGGGGUGACCCGCAUUACCGCACAUUUGAUGGACACUUUUACAGUUAUCAAGGAAACUGCACUUAUGUAUUAAUGGAGGAAAUCAGUCCUCGAUUCAAUUUGAAGAUCGACAUCGAAAGUGUCUACUGUGACCCUGUUGAGCAUGUAUCCUGUCCCAGAUCUAUAAUUGUGUCUUACAACAAUCUAGUCAUAACACUCAUAAAUCACAAUCUCAUAGGAGGUGCAGACCUAGAGGCUUUUGAGAACAACAAAAAGAUACCACUACCAUAUACUCGUAAUGGUGUGAGAGUUGUAAGCUCAGGCCUAAACUUGAUCCUGACUAUUCCACUGCGGGGUACUAAUAUAACAUUUGGAGCCACAGGCUUUGAAGUCAGUCUGUCAUACCAUUUUUUUGGAAACAACACACAAGGUCACUGUGGUACAUGCAACAACAACCAGGCUGAUGACUGCAUGAUCCCUGGAGGGAUCUUGGUGGACGACUGUGCAGUGAUGGCAGAUUACUGGCCAGCCAGUGAAAUUUGCACUCCAACUGCAAAAACUACAUCUAAGCCUUGCCCAGUUAAUCCUGACUGCGACCUCCUCAAAAGCGACUUGUUCAAAGCAUGCCAUUCCCAUCAGUCCCCCGAAAACUUCUUUUUAGCAUGUGAAUAUGACAGUUGUCAUAUGAGCAACCCUGCCGUGGUGUGUACCAGUCUGCAGGCUUACGCGAGGUCUUGCUCUCAAUUAGGGAUCUGCAUACACUGGAGGAACUACACUAACCUUUGCAAUAUUGAAUGUCCAGCAGAUAAAGUCUUCAAUCCUUGUGGUCCAGCUGAGCCACCAACCUGUGCUGAUAUACCUGGAGAGAACACAAUUAAAGUGCCCACAGAGGGCUGCUUCUGUCCUGAGGGCUCAUUGCUCUUCAACAAGGAGUCAGGAGCCUGUGUGAACAAAUGCGGAUGCCUGGAUGCCUCUGGAACACCACGUGAGUUCGAUGAAGUUUUUGUGUACAACUGUGAGGAGUGUAUCUGUGACAAGGCCAGCAAAUCUGUAAACUGUCCAAACUCCAAGAAGUGUCCUGAUGUGAACCCUGUGAGCUGCACUGAGCCUGGCUUUGUGCUGGUCAAUGCCACCGAUCCUUCAGACCCAUGCUGCAGCAAACAAGUUUGCA